AUGAAAGAGCAUUACCAUAAAAAGUCCGUAGCUUCUCUGCAGAUGGUAUUUUGGGCUAGCCAUAGUUCUGACAAACUAUUAGUAAGACAAUAUUCUGAGCAUCAAAUUGAGUUUUGUUCUUGUUUACUUUUAGAUGCCUGUCUUAGAUGUCAAGCUGAAAACAAACAAGAAGAUUGUGUUGUGGUCUGGGGAGAAUGCAAUCAUUCCUUCCACAAUUGCUGCAUGUCCUUAUGGGUGAAACAGAAUAAUCGCUGUCCCCUGUGCCAGCAGGACUGGGUAGUCCAGAGAAUAGGCAAAUAAAAACACUGGAAUAUUUUUUUUUCUGUUGAACUUGUUUAAAUAGUGUAUGUCUUAUGCCAUAUGCUCAUACAAAAGAAUGAAACAGGCCAGUCACGGCACGGUUUAUUUGGUUCAUCGGCUACAAUAAUGGAGUGGUUUUGUUGUGUGCUCUUUGCUGUGUUACGAGGCAAUGGUCAGUCUUAUUGCGCAUCUUUCCACAACUGAAAAGA